UAAGAAUUUUUGUUACCUUUGAUAUUCAACUUUUUGUUUGUUUGUUUGCUUGCAGGGUUUUAGUUUCAGGGUGCUGACUGCUGACCUAUAUAUAUAUUAUAUAUAUAAUAAAAUAUAAAUAAUUGUUUUGUUUGUAUAUCAUCUCCGACGGACGACAAAUUAAACAAAAAUGCAGCAACAGCCACCGGCGUUCAAAAUUUCUCCAAAUGCAGUCACCACGGAACAGAUUCAAAAGUGCCUCGAAGAGAACAAAAAUUUGAUUUUAGCUAUAUUGGAAUAUCAAAAGCUCGGAAAAUUCCAGGAAUGCGCUCAGUACCAAGCUGUGCUCCAAAGGAACUUGAUGUACUUGGCUGCAAUUGCUGAUGCCCAACCGCCAACACCACAAAUACCAAAUGGCCCAAAUCCUUCACAGGUGAUGCAGAUUGCACCGAAUGCCAUACCCCAGCAAGCAAAUAAUCUCAUGCAACAACCACAGCCACCACAACAUGCAACUGUUCAGCAACUUAGCGUUGGUGGGCAGAAACUGCCGUUUCAGCUUAAUUCCUUUCGUGCUCAAGAUCAAGAACAAUUAUUGCAGUUUCAGCAGCAACAACUAUUUCAGGCACAGAUGGGACUACUCAGACCUGGGGCCCAGAAUGACUUGUUUGAGAUGCAGUCUUCCAUGAUGGCAAAUCGCGGUGGCCCACAAGAUGGAUCCGAAAUGGCUCUUGGUGGUGAUAGUAGAAUCAUGCAACAUAACUAUGGAGGGUUUAGGGAUUCUUGAACCGCUAGAAUAUGAUACAGAAAGGCGUCCUGGGUCAUGAUAUAGUUUGUUUUGGUUUAGUUGAUCGAGUGAAAAGAACAGGUGGGUAGGGAAGUAAGAAAGGAAAAAAAACGUGUCGAUCUUAUCAUUUUGUUUAGUACAGUGAUCGUAAAAUUGCAACUUAACAUGACCAUUUGAUGAAAACAAUUGGUUUUUGGUGAUCA